UUUCGAUUUUUAAAGUGAUCAUGAAAGAUAUUGAUUUUAACUGGAUCAAUUCAAUUCCAGAUAAUUAUUUUUCAGACACUUUAAAAAGAAUAUCGGAUAUCAAAGAAAAAAUUAAUUCCAAGAAUACCCAUAAAGAAUUAGUAGAAUUUACUGAAUAUUUAGAUUUAACAUCUCUUAAUGAUAUAGAUACCACAUCCAAAAUUUUAGAAUUGUAUCAAACAGCUUCUCAUCCAUUAAUUUCUUUAGAGACUACAGUUGCAUCUGUAUGUGUCUAUCCUAAAUAUGUGUUAUUGUGUAAAAAUUUAAAAGGAAAUAUUCCCAUAACCACAGUUGAUACUAGUUUUCCUCAUGGAAAAUUGCCUUUAGAUAUAUCGAUUAAAGGAAUUGAGAAUUCUAUCAUUAAUGGUGCUCAUGAAAUUGACAUUGUUGUUGACAGAGCUAAUAUAAUUGAAAAGAAUUGGCAGGAACUCUACCAAGAAAUCAAAGCUAAAAGGGAUUGCAUAACAAGUAUAGGAAGUAAGCUAGGCCAAAAGGUAUGCAUGAAAACGAUCAUCAGUGUUGGCGAUAUACAAGAUUCUUUGCUUAUUUACAUAGCCUCAUAUAUUGCUAUGAUGGCAGGCACUGAUUUUGUUAAAUCGUCAACUGGGAAGGAACCUAAGAGCACUGACCCACCAACAGCCUACGCAAUGCUUAAGGCGAUCAAAGAUUUUUAUAAUAAUACUGGAAUAGAAGUCGGGUUUAAGGUAGCGGGAGGAGUCAAAACGGUGCCUCAGGCUGCUUUGUAUAAAGCAAUGGUGGUAGAUAUUCUGGGCAAUGAAUGGUUGAACAGAACGAAAUUUAGGAUAGGUGCCAGUUCCUUGCUAGAGGAUAUAAGAAAAUGUUUAUUGGAAGCAAAAAAUUAGUCGCCAAAUUAUUUCUAUUUCACUUUAUAUAAUCAAAAUAAAUCGCAUUUUUUUAGAAAAAUUUUAAAUACAAACCAUGAAAAAAAAAUGUCGUGUUUUUUUUUCUAUUAUAAUUCUUUUUGCGUUAUAAAUUUAUGAGAAUUUAUAUUUUUUAAUAUUUAGUUUUUUUCGUGGGUAUGACUGGUCAAACGGAUCUAUUAUCCGACCCAAACAAAGAACGAGCUUAGUUAGCACUAACAAGCCCUAUUUCUAAAAUAACCUAACUUUAUAUUCAAUGAAGGUCAAUAGUCCGGUCUUUUUUCGAGGAAUGUAGUCCAGACACGUCUGGGUCAGGUUUUUUAAUAGGGUUAGGGUUAUUUGGUUUGCCUGACUAUUCAUUAUAAAUAUUUCUGGAGUUAUUUUAGCUUUUUGUGAUUUUUUUUAUUUUGCAAUAUACUAUGAAAACGAA